GGAGGUAAAUUAAGAAUGUUAUAUUUUAUAGUGUACAUUAGAAAUUAGUUAUCAACUAAAAAUGGAUGACCUUCCAAGAGUCGAAGAGAUUGUAUCCGACCAAUCAGUGUUUACUACAGCUGUCGCGGAUUACGACGUGACAAACGAGGAGUUCGUUCUAGAUGCAGAACUACGAGCCAUAAAUGGUUUCCGUGUAUUUGUUUGUACAGUUGGUGUUCUGGGAAACCUAAUUGUAAUUACGAUGAUUUUGCUACUCACAGAGUUCAAAAAAGGAAUCACACAUUGGUAUAUUCUCCAACUUGCAAUCGCCGAUUCUGCAUUUCUUCUAACUCUUCCGUUUCAAAUUGUGGAAGAUGUAAAUAACGAAUGGAUAUUCCCCGAUGGAAUGUGCAAAGCAAAAGAAGCUAUAUUGUUUAUAAAUUAUUACAGUUCAAUAGCAUUCCUCAUGGUAAUGGCUGUGGACCGAUACAUUGCAAUUUGUCACGCGUUCUCUGAUAGACUACAAAAGUUGAGGACUCAGAAAGCUGCCUAUAUUAUUACUGCUGUAGUGUGGAUAAUUGCAGUAUUGAUCUGCAUUCCCAUCAUGAUGUAUAGUACAAAGAGAGGACAAGAGCCAUACUGUAAAUGCGAAUUGCAAUUUCCUGAGCCAAUGAAGUCACCUCAUGAAAUCUGUGUAUCUGAAGGGAUGGGACCGGACGUUGACUUGGGAUCGGGAUUUUCUUAUGAGGAUUGUUUAAAUUUGUUUGCUAACCAAGAGAGUGAGCCAGCAUGCGCCGAGCCGAGUUUUUCUGACUACGAACAGAGUGGGAAUGGUAGCAUAGCGGAGUCAGAAGAUACAUUGCAUCCAGGUUGUCAUUAUAUAAACUAUAACAAAGGAUUCAUUGGAUUUUUGUAUUUCAACUUCAUAAUUAUGUUCAUCGUUCCUUUCAUAAUCAUAGCAAUGUGCUACGCCCUCAUUAUAGUGCACCUCCGUAAAACACGUUUCCGUGGGGACAGUUGUGGUUCCAAUAAACCAACCAAGGAUGACCGGGAUACCAAUAGAGUAGUGAUUAUGUGUGCAACGCUUGUCCUAGUGUUUGUUGCUUGUUGGUUACCAUACCACUCAGUGCACAUGGCAAAAAUGACAGGAAUACAUGGAACAAGCGACUUCUGCGGCAAGCUCUUCUACGCAGCAUCUCUGAUGGCAUAUCUGAACUCUGCUAUAAAUCCCUAUAUCUAUUUCAUCGGUGCCAGAUUCAAGCAACAAUUAAGACGAAUGAGGAGUAGCAAAGCAGCUUCAGCCGUCAUGUCGUUUCUUACUCGAACAACUAGGGCUGACUUGAGCUCAGCUAAUUCUGGAUCGGACCCCACAUCUGGAGAUAAAACUGCGAAAUACACACACGGAAAAGAUAAUAAUGAAAACGAUACACGUGUACGCGAAUCGGGAGUUUAGUUUUUAGCUAUUCUGCACUCAUUAUGAAUUCAUUUCUUUCGAGGAAAAUAAAAGUACAUUGAAUGUAAUUUGAAAACUAUGAAACAGUGAAAACUUCGAGUUUUGAAAUACUUUGAAAAUUAUUGAGCGUCAUUGUAUUCGUAGUCUUUCAUCAAUAUGAUGUAGCGAGAUUGAUUAUUUUUAAAGGAUCUUCAAUGUCCAUAGAUAUGGCGAUAAACUAUCAUAAAAGCCAUUGAUUCUAUCUGCAUAUUUACAUGCAGAACUAUUUUCUUAUUUGAAGUUCUCAGAGCUAUUUGAAAAAUUCUUCAAAAUUAUAAUUUGCGAAAUUGUUCAAUGAGAUGGAACUCGGUUUGUUGUUAAACAUUCUUGCAUCCAAUGGAAGAACAUCAAAAGUGCAAAAUGUUCAUAAUAUUUCUCCGGCACAACUAGUUCUAUGUAACUAAAAAGAUAAAUGAAUAAAUAAAGUUUAUUUAUAUUUUAUACAAUAUCAAAGAUAGAGUUUUAACACAACAAUAACAUAUGCUGGUAUGUUUCGGAAGAAAUAAUAUAAUAUUUUGGUAUUUUGUUUUGUUGAUAUAUACCCAGAUGCAUUUAUUGCAGUUUUGACGUAUAUCCCACAGUUUUUACAAAUAAAAGUAUACACAAAUCAAAUAAUAUUUUGACUGACUUGAAGUCAAUAUAUUGAUAUUUUUUUCAAAAUUUGGCAAACAUAAGCAAUGCACGAUAUCUCCAAUAUUUCUGACUAGUUUAUACUGUAAGAAGGUAAAUCGUAGUUAUUACGAUUACUUACAAAUAUAGGUUUUCUCUCCAAAACAAAUUAUCCACCAUCAAAUAAAAUCUCCGCUCAUC